UAACAGUAACGAUGGCUAAAUCCAAGUCUAUCAAGCAAUCGAAGAAGGUUGCUGAGAAGCUUACUAAGCUUGAAGAGUCUUCUAGAAAGAGAAAGGUGGAGGAAGAGGAAGAGGAAGAGUCUUCAGAUGGAGAGUUCAACGUCGAAGGAUUAAUAGAUCAAGAAGCAUCUGAAGACGAGUCUGGCGAAGAAGAAGAAGAAGAAGCCGAUGAAGACGAGGAUGACGAAGAUGACGAAGACGAGGAAUUCAACAAGCUUAUAGGCGAAGAAGAUGAUGUCAGCGAUGUCGACUCUGAGGACUUUUCGCAUGGGCCUCAUGAUGAGUCUGCCUCCAUCACAGAUAAACUCUCAGGGGUCAAGAUCAGAAGCAUGUCCAACAACAGUACCGAAGAAAAGGAUAUCCACACCGAAUACUCUGAUGGAAGACCAAGAAUCAUUAAGCCAGAAAUCGAACCAGUCUACGACAGUGACGACAGUGACCACGAAAAUUUCAACACUAUUGGUAAUAUUCCAUUGUCGGCCUACGAGGAGAUGCCCCAUCUUGGUUAUGAUAUCAACGGUAAAAGAAUCAUGAGACCAGCCAGGGGUUCUGCUUUGGACCAACUUUUGGAAUCUAUUGAUUUACCUGAGGGGUGGACUGGUUUAUUGGAUCAAAACACUGGUGGUAACUUGAAAUUGACAGAUGAGGAAUUAGAAUUAAUCAGAAAGAUUCAACAGCAAGAGAACACCGAUGACAACAUCAACCCAUAUGAACCAUACAUUGAUUGGUUCACUUCUAAAGAAGAAGUCAUGCCAUUGACUGCCGUCCCAGAACCAAAGAGAAGAUUUGUUCCCUCUAAACACGAAGCUAAGAGAGUCAUGAAGAUUGUCCGUGCUAUCAGAGAAGGAAGAAUUGUCUCUCCAAACAAGGUGAAGGAACAGGCGGAGGAAGAACAAUACAACUAUGAUUUGUGGAAGGAUGAAGUUGCAGUUGAAGACCACAUCAUGAACUUGAGAGCACCAAAGUUGCCUCCACCAACAAAUGAAGAGUCUUACAACCCGCCUGAAGAAUAUUUAAUGACUGAGGAAGAAAAGAAGCAAUGGGAUGAAAUGGAUCCUCUGGAAAGAGAAAGAAACUUCAUUCCGCAAAAGUACUCUUCCUUGAGAAAGGUCCCAGGUUACCAAGAAAGUGUUACUGAGAGAUUCGACAGAUGUUUGGAUUUGUACUUGGCUCCAAGAGUCCGUCACAACAAGUUGAACAUUGAUCCAGACAGUUUGAUCCCAGAAUUACCAUCUCCUCAAGAUUUGAGACCAUUCCCUAUUCGUUGUUCUACAGUUUAUCAAGGUCACACUGGAAGAAUACGUACUAUAUCGAUUGAUCCUCAAGGUUUAUGGUUAGCUACUGGAUCUGAUGAUGGAACUGUCAGAAUCUGGGAAAUCUUGACUGGAAGACAAGUUUACAAAGCACAAUUACUUGAAGAGGACAAUACUGAUGACCACAUCGAGAGCUUGGAGUGGAGUCCAGAUUCGACCACCGGAAUUUUGGCUGUUGCUGCCGGUGAAAAUAUUUACUUGAUUGUUCCACCAAUCUUUGGAUUUGAUAUUGAGAAUACUGGAAAAUUGAGAAUUGAAUCUGGUUGGGGUUACGAUACUUUUGGUAACAGCAAGAAGAACCGUGAUAUCAAGGUUGGCGAAGAUGAUGAGGAAGCUGAAGAAGAUGUUGAAUCCAACGAUAAAUCAGAAGUCAAAAAGGAAGUCGCCAAGUGGUUCACUCCAUCUGUUGACCAAGCCAAAUUGGGUAUCUCUGCCAUUAUUCAAUGCCGUAAGAAUAUCAAGAAAAUCUCAUGGCACAGAAAGGGUGACUAUUUUGUUACCGUAUCUCCAGACAGUAAGAACACUGCUGUAUUAAUUCAUCAAUUGUCUAAACAUUUAUCACAAUCUCCAUUCAAGAAGUCCAAGGGUAUCAUAAUGGAUGCCAAAUUCCAUCCAUUCAAACCACAAUUGUUUGUUGCAUCUCAACGUACCAUUAGAAUAUAUGACUUGGCUCAACAAGUGCUUAUUAAGAAGUUGAUGCCAGGUGCUAGAAUGUUAUCUGGAAUAGAUAUUCAUCCAAGAGGUGAUAACUUGUUAGCAUCUUCUUAUGAUAAGAGAGUGUUAUGGCAUGAUUUGGAUUUAUCCGCUACUCCUUACAAGACUUUAAGAUACCACGAAAAGGCCGUUAGAAACAUUAAAUUCCACAAGUCCAACUUGCCAUUGUUUGCAUCUGCUUCCGAUGACGGUAGCAUCCAUGUUUUCCAUGGUACUGUUUAUGACGAUUUAAUGACCAACCCAUUGUUGGUUCCAUUGAAGAAGUUGACCGGACAUAAGGUUGUCAACAGUAUUGGUGUUUUGGACUUGAUCUGGCAUCCUAAGGAGGCUUGGUUAUUCAGUGCUGGUGCCGAUGGUACCGCUCGUCUCUGGACUACAUAGAUAACAACUUGAACAUAGAAGUUAUUGUGCUACUUGCGUAGUAGUGCUUGCAAAAUAAAAGAUAUACACCGGAAUAAGUUUGG